AUGAUAUCUUCUUUCCAGACUAGCACGCAACCUGCACAGAACGUUCCCAAGGAGGAGGAAGGGAUUCUCAACUAUUUCUUGGACGUGAGAACUGCACUGUCCCAACUGAAGAAGAACAGGACUCAGUACUUGAAUUCCGGCGAGGUGCAGAAGACGUACCAGGAGGUACUGACAAAAGUGCGCGAAUUGGACGCAAUCAGAAAGAAGAAUCACGACGCUGUCGCUACAAAUGUGCCUACUUUGAUCCACAAUGCAGAUCUGCACAACAGAGUGGACUCCGUGCUUGAUGACGUGUUCCAAUUGCUGUCGCUGUGUUUCUUGACCGUAGGGUUGAAGAACUCGGCACCUGCGACUUAUGCGUCGUUGUCCACGGUGGAGUCCCUGCUGCAACAUCUGGAGGAGGCCAAGAUUUACACGCACCACGAUUUGAAACCUAUCAAAGAUAGACUGAACGAGAUCUCAAAGAUUGUCGAGGAGAGCUGUGCGCAGACGAACGCCAUUCAGGAUGCCCUAGAGAACGACGAGGAGCAGGCCAUAAAGGACAUCGACGCGGAGAGAACUAGGAACAAACUGGAACAGAACCUGCUUUUGAAGGCGAAAUUGAAACACUGCGUCGAUUCCUACAACGAGGUCGAGUCCAAGCUGGAGGAUAUCGACCCGACGCUGACGAGUGUCAUGGAAAAACUAUUCCAGAUCAGAAGAGGACUGCUAUCGCUUGUCGCAUCCUCCAGGAACAUGGACUCACAGAUCUCCGAGGAGGAUCUUGAUACCUCAUCUAGAACCUCUUCGCAGUCCAACAUUGCCAACCCACUGGGGAAUGAAUUGGGCUCGGAGCAGAAGAAGAACGCCAUCUCCCAUAAGCUUGUCAGAGAGAAAUUCGAAGUGUUGAGGAACGAUCUGAAAAACUUGGAGGCCCACCGCGAUGAGGACGGGAAAUUCAAGUCUCUGGAGACGGACAAAGUGGCAGAGAACGGACAACUCGUGCUGAAUGGGUUGCUAGAUGACUGCAACGAUCUCGUCAGUGACUUAUCCCACCAGAUAGAAACAGGCAACGGGCUGAAGUUGUCAAUGGACCCGAGCUUACAGCCGGUCUACGAGAGGCUACUUGAAAUCAAGACAACUUUAGAAAAUCUGAUGAUAACAAGGAGGUGGACCCUGAGGGAGACCGAUCUCUUUUCGUACCAGAAGAAGCUUAACGAGAUUGAUAACCUGAGAGUGAAUGGAAGAUUCCCCACGGAGACGGCAGACUCGAGGGGCCAGUCGAUUCUCCUGUACCUACUAAGACGGUGCUACGCCAUCAUAUACAAGCUGCUUGAAAGCUCCGAACCGGUCUCCGAGGCGCUACAGCCAAUCCACAACCAGCUAUCAACGGUCCGCCGUUGCCUGCUGGAACUGAAGAGAAUGGGGGGUGUGAACAACGAGAGAGAAUUGUAUCCCUACCAGAUGAAGCUAGCUUCGUUGGAUAACCUGCGCCAGGACGGUAUAUUUUACGACUCAGAUGGCAACAUCCCAGAGGGACAAGGUAUCUUGAACGCUCUAUUGGCUGGCUGUUUCGACAUCAUCCACGAACUGAAAGUGGAGACAGAAGAGCGUGGAGAGGAGGACGAAGAAGAAGAUGAUGACGACGACGACGAUGAGGAGCAGCAGUAG